GUGUUUAAGGUCGCACAAGUAGAUGAGCAAAGAAUAAAAGACCUUUGCUUUCCUUGUGAUUAAAAAGUUCAUCAAGGUCAUAUUUGUAAGACAUGAGGAAUGAUGAGCAAUAUCAAGAUGGUGAUCAAACCUUGGCAAAGAUUGAUGAGGCCUAUGCAUAUGAAAUGAGCUUCAAUGCUUUGAUAGGUCAGCAUACAUUAAAGACAUUACAUUUGCAAGAUAUCUUUGGGGGAGGAUCACUUAUCUAAAUUUUGAUUGAAGGGUGGAUCAAUACAUAAUUUUAUCCCAACAAGAUUGUGGUUCUAGAAAUAUUUUUUUUUGGAAUGGGGAAUCCACCGGUUGCCAUCUCUGAAAGGACACUUGACGACGUAACUAAUUUUCGGCUGACCUAGAAAAGACACUCAUCUCAGAAAUCUUCUUGCAGGCACUUGAUUGAGCCCCGCUUAAGAGGUGCCACCGCUACAAGGAAAUUGACUACUGACGAACAAGUAGGCUAUGGCCACCAUAACAAUGCCGGUCAUCUGUCGCGCAGUAACCCCUAGCUCCGAAAAUGGACGCCGACGGCUGCCGGCCGACCACCCAAUCCUUUCAUUCCUCGACGAACAUACUACCCUCAGCUCCGCAGAGAUCAAGAAAAUCCAUGCCCGGAUGCUUCGCAUCGGCCUCUUCGACCACCCGUACGCCGCCAGCCGCCUCCUAACUUCCUGCUCCAUCUCCCCAUCACGCAAUCUCCAAUACGCCCACCUGGUGUUCGACCAAAUUCCUCAGCCAAAUCUCUACUCCUGGAACAUCCUCAUCCGCGCCUACUCUUCUAGCUCCCGCCCUGACCUCAGCCUCCAACUCUUCUCACGCAUGCUCAGCGACAGCCCUCACUCCCCAGAUCGCUUCACCUUCCCCUUCGUAAUCAAAGCUGCUGCAGAACUCCAGAUGCUGCGAGAGGGUUCCACACUCCAUGGCUUGGUCAUCAAAUCUCCCUUCCGUUCUGACGUCUUCAUACUCAAUUCUCUCGUCCACUUCUAUGCCGCUUGUGGGUGUUUGAACCUUUCACGCCUUGUGUUUGAUCAUAUUCCUCAGAAGGACGUUGUUUCGUGGAACUCAAUGAUCACGGCGCUGGCGCGAACUGACCACUACAAUGACGCCUUGAAUCUCUUUCAAGUGAUGGAGCAGAGCGGCUUCAUGCCCAAUGAUGUGACCAUGGUUAGUGUUCUUUCAGCUUGUGGAAGAAAGGGAGACUUGGAACUCGGUAGGUGGAUUCAUUCUUAUAUCAAGGAGAAUGAGAUUACACAGUGCUUGAUACUGAACAAUGCCAUCCUUGACAUGUACACAAAGUGCGGGAACUCUGCUGACGCAAGCUUUCUUUUUGACAGCAUGAAGGAGAAGGAUUCAAUAUCCUGGACCACCAUGCUGGUUGCAUAUGCGAAAUCUCAUGAAUUCGAUGCUGCCCGCCGUGUGUUUGAUGAAAUGCCAUAUCGCGAUAUAGCUGUUUGGAAUGCGUUAAUCUCUGGCUAUGAACAGAAUGGUAGACCCAAAGAAGCUCUGGAUGCUUUCAAUGAACUGCAGGAUGCUAAUGUCGAGCCUAACCAUCUCACACUUGUUGCUGCAUUAUCAGCUUGUUCACAGUUAGGUGCAAUUGAAACGGGUAAAUGCAUCCACUCCUACAUGAGAAACCAUAGUUUUGAUUUAAAUUAUCAUCUGACUACAUCACUCGUAGACAUGUACUCGAAGUGUGGAGAUCUGGAGAAUGCGCUCAGUGUGUUCAGGUCUGUCAAAAAAAGAGAUGUCUUUGUUUGGAGCUCAAUGAUUGCAGGCCUUGCAAUGCAUGGCAUGGGAAAGGAAGCCUUAAAUUUCUUCAAAGAGAUGCAAGAGGCCAAAGUCAAGCCCAAUCAUGUUACUUUCACCAACAUCCUUAGCGCCUGUAGCCAUGCCGGCCUAGUGGAAGAAGGCAGAAUGUAUUUUAGCCAAAUGCUUCCUCUAUAUGGAAUUGCACCAGAUAUUGAACACUAUGGUUGCAUGGUUGACAUCCUUGGCCGCGCAGGGCGUUUAGAAGAAGCGAUGGAGCUUAUAAAGAGUAUGCCGGUGCCAGCCCCUGCUUCGGCAUGGGGAGCAUUACUCGGUGCCUGUGUUGUACACCGAGACGUCAAGCUUGGCGAACUCGCCUGCCAAAAUCUUCUGGGGCUGGAGCCAAGAAACGAUGGAGCUUAUGUUCUGCUGUCUAAUCUAUAUGCAAAAGCUGGUAGAUGGGAAGAUGUUGGUAGACUGAGGAAGUUAAUGAGGGAUCAAGGGCUGAAGAAGGAGCCUGGGUGUAGCUCAAUGGAGGUCAAUGGAGUGAUCCACGAGUUCUUAGUGGGAGAUGCAUCUCAUCCUUUAUCUGAAAGAAUAUAUAAGAAGUUGGAGGAGAUAAAAGCGAGAUUGAAGGCUGUUGGUUAUGAAUCAAAGAGGACUCAGCUGCUGCAGAAUGUGGAAGAUGAUGUUGCCAAAGAGCAUGCUUUGAAUCUGCACAGCGAGAAGCUGGCGAUGGCUUUUGGGCUAAUUAGUAUGAAAGAAACUAUGGCUAUACGGAUUAAUAAGAACCUACGGAUCUGUGAGGAUUGCCAUUCCGUUGCGAAGCUGAUAUCUAAAGUUUACGAGAAGGAGAUCCUCAUCAGGGACAGGUAUAGAUUCCAUCAUUUUAAACAAGGUAGGUGUUCUUGUCAGGAUUAUUGGUGAAAGAAAUUUUGAACGGGUUUUUUGACUGAGAAGGGAGGAGAAGCAUUGCUAUCGUUGAAAUGUGCAUAUUUCAAGCAUGUUGUAUUUUGUUAGAAUUUAGGAAUUAGGUUUCGUUUGGGACAGCUUUUUUGCUGUUUCUUAAGUAUAAAAAAUCUAUUUUAAGAAGCAAAAAGAAAGCCGUCCCAAACGAAACUUUAUUAUGUAAUAAAAUGAUAUAAUUAGUGAAAAUCAAGCAAUUCAUAGUAA